AUGAGUUAUCCCGAAAAGUUUAGCGGCUUCUGUACCGCAGGUCCUAGCUCAUGGAACAAGUUCACCAAAGAAAUUCUGACACCAAAACCGUUUGAAGAUCACGACAUCGAUGUGCAGAUUGAGUGCUGCGGUGUCUGCGGAUCUGACGUCCACACUAUCACUGGCGGCUGGGGUGAAUACGAGGGUCCCCUGUGCGUUGGCCACGAGGUUGUCGGUAAGGCGGUUGCGGUGGGGAAGAACGUCAAGGAGAUUAAGGUGGGCGAUAGAGUUGGUGUGGGUGCUCAGGUCUGGGCAUGCCUCAAGUGCGAGCAGUGCAAGAACCAGAAUGAAAACUACUGCCCUCAUUUGGUUGACACGUACAACGCCAAGUAUGAAGAUGGGAGCCAAGCACAUGGUGGCUUUGCUAGUCACAUUCGCGCGCACGAGUACUUCACGUUCAAGAUACCCGAUGCUAUAAAGUCGGAGAAUGCUGGCCCACUGAUGUGCGCCGGUCUCACCACAUACUCACCCCUGGUGCGAGGUGGUGUCGGCCCGGGUUCCGUUGUCGCCAUCGUGGGUAUCGGCGGCCUCGGCCAUCUCGGUCUUCAGUGGGCCAAGGCACUCGGAGCGGAAGUGUAUGCCGUUACCCACUCGCCGGACAAGGCCGAAGAUUGCAAGAAGCUCGGAGCCAAGGAAGUCAUUGACACCAACAAGAAGGACUGGGCUAAGCCUUAUGCCUUCAAGUUCGAUUUCAUGCUCAACUGCUCCGACAUGACCAACGAGUUUGACCUCCAGACUUACCUGUCUACGCUCAAGGUUGGUGGACAAUUCCACAUGGUCGGUCUGCCCGAUAAGCCUCUGCCCCAGUUCCCCGCAGCCCUUUUCGCCAGCAAUUCUGCCAAGAUGACUGGUAGCCAUAUUGGCAACAAUCAGGAGAUGAAUGCCUUGUUGAAGUUGGCGGCCGAGAAGGGAAUCUCACCUUGGGUUGAGACGAUUGACAUUUCCGAGGCAGGGUGUAAAGAGGCCGUUGAGAGAGUGAAGGCGAACAAGGUUCAUUAUCGCUUCACUUUGGUCGGGCACCAGAAGGCGUUUGGGACUGCUUGA